GCUCCCGGCCCUUCCCGGCGAGGUUUGAGAGAGAAGAUCUGAUCACCUGGAAUUAAAGUUGGCACAGAAACCUUUUCAACUCCAAAAAUGUUGGGGGAAGAUAUGGAAGUGGCCAUCAAGAUGGUGGUUGUAGGGAACGGUGCAGUUGGAAAGUCAAGUAUGAUUCAGCGGUAUUGCAAAGGCAUUUUUACAAAAGACUAUGAGAAAACCAUCGGAGUUGAUUUUUUGGAGCGACAAAUCCAAGUUAAUGACGAAGACGUCAGGCUCAUGUUAUGGGAUACAGCAGGUCAGGAGGAGUCUGAUGCGAUAACCAAGGCCUACUAUCGAGGAGCCCAGGCUUGUGUGCUUGUAUUUUCUACCACAGACAGGGAAUCUUUUGAAGCCAUUUCCAGUUGGAGAGAGAAAGUGGUGGCUGAAGUUGGAGACAUACCAACUGCACUCGUACAAAGCAAGAUCGAUCUCCUGGAUGACUCUUGUAUAAAGAAUGAGGAAGCCGAGGCACUGGCAAAAAAGUUGAAGUUGAGAUUCUACAGGACUUCAGUGAAGGAGGACCUGAAUGUCAGUGAAGUUUUUAAAUAUUUGGCUGAAAAAUAUCUUCAAAAGCUUAAACAACAAAUAGCUGAGAAUCCAGAAUCAAUGCAUUCAAGUAGUAACAAAAUUGGGGUCUUUAGCACGUCUGCUGGGAGUCACUUGGGUCAGAAUUCAAGUACCCUCAAUGGUGGAGAUGUCAUCAACCUCAGGCCCAACAGACAGAGGACCAAGAAAAACCGAAAUCCUUUCAGCAGCUGUAGCAUACCCUAACAGGCCUCAGGGAGGAGGAAAUGGAAUUACAUUGUGCAGUAAGACACGUCCAGCUAUCACCGUAUGUUACACAAUGUUUCGCAGACUUUGCACCUAAUUGGCUGUCUGAAAAUUGACAGACUUAAACAUUAUUCUGCAGUGCUUUUCAGAAUGGAGCAAGAUCUCUGAAAAAUUACUGCCCUGUGGACUCAUUUUAAUUUUUUUACAUUAGACGAAGCUUCUCCUGUUAUUGAAGGAAUGAUAUAAGAAACAUCAAAAACAGGUUUUGCUGAACUUGAAAUGCAGAAACACAUAAAUGAAAUGCCUAAAUAUAUUGGUAUAGAUUUUAAUAUUAGGGGUCAAGGAAAGAUAGCAGGCGUUCUUUUUCUGAAACUGGUCAUCUAGCUUUUCUGGGAAAUAAUAUUGACUCUGAAUACUUACAAGAAUAAUAUUGAAAGGCGAGCCCUAAUAUUGCCAGACUGCAUUAGUGUGUACUUUAUGAUGUUAGUUGUGCAAUGUCUGUAUAUGUGGAACAUGGAGGCGUGUGCACACAGAUCCCUGGUUCUGGAGUAAAGGAAGGUAUGUGCAGUGUUUAAGGAAACAUGGAAUCUAACUUGUUCAUUCAUGAAACCAUUUAUACACUUAUGUGUAUGUUCUAAGUUUUAAUUUUCAAAUGAGAAAUUCCAGAUAUUUUGCAAAAUGAGGUUGACUUUAAAAAGUGCUUUGUGCCAAAAAUCUCAUACCUAAUUCUCAGUGCUUUACCAGAAUUUAUACUGUUGGUAAUCUCUUUUAAAAGCAGCUUUCCUCUCUAACAGGGUAGAUGAAAGAGGAGUGUAAGUGCGUUAGUGCUGGAGCCCCUCCCAGGUGGGCCUGGUCACGGGAUCUUUUCCACGUCCCUGCACGUGGGUGGUGGGCUUGAGCUGGCGGCUGCAGGACCCCUGCCCUGGGCAGCGUGGCCACCCUACACCCGGGGCCUUUUGCUGUUGACAACACAAUUCUGAACUUUUAGGAUUAUACUAGCAAUUUUUUUAAACAUACAAGAGGUGAUUUUCUUUGUCUUAAACCACAUUACCGAUUUUAUAAUGCCCUGCAACUCUAAAGCUUCUUUUUGUUUACACAUUUUUGUAUGUUUUUUUUCAGAUUAUACUUUUAAAAUUUCUAUAAUCUUCAGUUUGUAUAGAACUUUCUCAAGAGCUCUGUCAGCACCAAAUACAAAGUAAUUGUGGCAGAGCAUACAUUUUGUGGUUUGGACAGUAGCUUUCCAAUGCAGAUAAAUAAUUGCAUGAACUGUACUAAAAGUGGUUAUCAUUCAUCAAUGACUUGUUUUUAACCCCUUGCAACAUAUACCUGGUCUUUACAGGAUUUAAAAAUUUGUAAAAAUAACUUUUCUUAGAAAGUGUGUCACAUUUUUAAUUAUUUGUACUAAAUGCAUAAUGUCUUAUAUAUUCCUUUUGUAUGUUUUCUCUUUUUUUUAAGUCUGCCAUCUGCACCACCCUCAUCCCCCUGUCCAGAUUAAUGUUGAGAACAGAAUAGAAUUUUUUAGGACAUGUCUUUAAAUGGUCAGGAGUGAAUGUUUGCUUUUCAUAAUAUUGAAAUAAUCUGGCAUUAUCUAUUUCAAAGUAAUAUAAAAUCUUUAUUUUUAUGUCACCAGUUGUCACCACUCCCA